CUAUCUUUUUCCUUACCAUCUCAUUGUUUUUCCUUUCCCAUCCAAAGCAAAAUUUUCCAAAGAAACAAACAUCUAAAUAAUGGCCUCCCGUGCAAUAUUUGUCCCCGCUGCUUUGUUCCUUCUACUUCUUUUCAGCACAACAUGCAAAGCCCAACUAUCCUCUUCCUUCUAUGAAUCUACAUGUCCAAAUGCCCUCGCUACCAUCCGAAAUUCCAUUAGAGCUGCAAUUUCCCGAGAACGUCGGAUGGCAGCUUCUCUCAUCCGCCUUCAUUUUCAUGACUGCUUUGUUCAGGGUUGUGAUGCAUCAAUUUUGCUUAAUGGAACUUCUACUAUUAGAAGUGAAAUGGAAGCAGGACCCAAUAGGAAUUCAGCAAGAGGCCACCAAGUGAUUGAUGCUGCAAAAUUGGAGGUCGAGAAAAUAUGCCCUGGUGUUAUAUCUUGUGCUGAUAUCCUUUCAGUCGCCGCAAGAGAUGCAUCUGUUGCUGUGGGAGGUCCAUCAUGGACAGUGAAGCUUGGAAGAAGAGAUUCAACUACAGCAAAUCCGGACAAGGCUAACAGUGAUCUUCCUAGCUUCAGAGAUGGUGUUGAUAGACUUAUAUCUAGAUUUGCUGACAAAGGCCUCAGUGCAAGAGACAUGGUUGCCUUGUCAGGAUCACAUACAAUGGGACAAGCUCAAUGUGUCACAUUCCGUGACAGAAUUUACAACAAUGCUAGCGACAUUGAUGCUGGUUUUGCCAGCACUCGAAGACGCGGUUGCCCUGCUAACCAAGGCGAUGGUAAUUCCAAUUUGGCUCCGCUUGAUUUGGUGACACCGAAUCAAUUGGACAAUAAUUACUUCAAGAACUUGAUUCAGAAGAAGGGUCUUCUUGAAUCUGAUCAAGUUCUCUUCAGCGGAGGAUCAACGGACAGCAUUGUUUCAGAGUACAGUAGCAACCCUUCAAAAUUUCUGUCUGACUUUGCAUCUGCCAUGGUUAAAAUGGGAGAUAUUGAGCCUCUCACUGGUUCUGCUGGACAGAUAAGAAGGAUUUGCAGCGCUGUUAACUAAAAUUCUAGCCUCUGCCAGGAAAUAUUAUUUCAUUUAUAUCUUAUUAAGCAUUUGUUUGUUAAAAAGAACAAUAAAUAGACACCAGGAUUGUCUAUAAUUUUUAAUUUUCACUUCCAUCAAUUGUAAACAAUUAUGAGAUCAAUUUUAAUGUAUUACUUUAUUUCAAGUUUUUCAAACAAAGAUAGGAAAAAAAAAAA